AUGUUCUACGAGCCCGGCAAGACAGACCACAACCUCCCGCACGACCCCUUCAAGGCCUGCGUGAUCCCGCGCCCCAUCGGCUGGAUCUCUACGGUGUCGGCCGCUGGCGAGGCCAACCUGGCGCCGUACUCGCAGUUCAACAACCUGACCUUCGACCCGCCCUACGUCAUGUUCAGCGCCAACCAGAAGCCCUCGGGCAAGCAGAAGGAUACGACCGUCAACACGGAGACCACGGGCAAGUUCUGCUGGAACCUCGCCACGUGGGACCUGCGCGAGGCAGUCAAUAUUACGGCCGAGCAGGUGGCCCCGGGCGUGGACGAGUUCGAGCGCGCCGGUCUGAAGAAGGAGAUGUCCCGGCACAUCCAGGGCGUCCCCAUGGUGGCCGACAGCCCCGUCAAGUUCGAGUGCGAGUACUACAGCACGCUGCGUCUGCCGGGCAACCCGCCCAUGGGCUCCGUGGACGUCAUCAUCGGCAAGGUCGUGGCCGUGCACAUCAAGGACGAGGUGCUGACCGACGGCAUCCUGGACGUCAAGAAGACCAAGCCCAUCGCGCGCUGCGGCUACUACCAGUACACUGUGGUGAAGGAGACGUUCGAGAUGGUCAUCCCCAGCAACGGCCAGGAGGGCGAGGACGUCCUGGGCGGCCUCGAGGGAAGCACCCGCAAGCACCGAGAGAUUGCGCAGCGAGAGCACAACAAGGAGGAGGAGGAGCCGUGA